AUGCGCGCGACCGCGCGCGCGACGGCGUCGACGCCCGAGGCGCGGGCCGGGGCGACGCCGACGCGCGCGGGACGCCGACGCGCGCGAAGGACGGUGACGCGGCGAACGACGACGACGCGCGCGACGGGACGCGAGGACGCCGAUGGGGCGACGAGGAAACGACGCGUGGUGUUUCUCGGGACGCCGGAGUGCGCGAAGGAGGUGCUGGCGCGGGUGCUGGACGCGGCGGAGGGGAGGGAGAGCGCGUUCGAGGUCGCGGCGGUGGUGUCGCAGCCGGGACGACCGCGAGGGCGAGGAAGGAAGAGCGAUGAAGCGGCGCCGAGCCCGGUGGCGGAGUUGGCGCUGCGGCGAGGGAUGGCGGAAGACAGGGUGCUUUGUCCGGAGAAGGCGAACGAGGAGUGGUUUCUGGACGCGCUGCGCGCGCUCGACGUCGACUUGGCGGUGACGGCGGCGUACGGGAACUUUUUACCGCAGAAAUUCUUGGAUAUUCCGAAAUUAGGGACGUUGAACAUCCAUCCGAGUUUGUUGCCGCAGUGGCGAGGGGCGGCGCCCGUGCAACGCGCGUUGGAGAGUGGACAGAGCGAGACCGGCGUGUCGGUGGCGUACACCGUGCUCAAAAUGGACGCCGGUCCCGUCCUCAGACAAGUCACUCGACCGCUUAAAGGGGAUGAAAAGGCGCCUGAUCUCUUGACUGAGCUCUUCGAGACGGGCGUGGGGGCGUUGUUGGAGGAAUUACCGUCGGUAUUUGCCGGCGACGCGGCGGCUCGAGCGGUGCCUCAGAGCGAGGAAACGCUCAGCCACGCCGCGAAAGUGAGCCCAGAGGAGGGUGAAUUAGACUUCACGAAACAGUCCGCACUGGAGUGUCACAAUAAAGUGCGUGCAUUUGCGGGUUGGCCCGGAACGAAAGCGACUUUGAAGAUUAAGGCAAACGGGGACGAAGAAUCGAAAGAGGUGGUGCUCAAAAUCAUCACCACUCGUGUCUCUGCCGAGGGAGAUGAAAAGGCGGCGAACGGUCAAGUCGAGGUAACGAAAAAAUUACUUCGCGUACCAUGUGCAGGGGGCGGUUGGUUAGAGGUGCUCGAGGUUCAGCCCCCCGGAAAGAAAGCGAUGCCGGCGAACGCUUUCAUCAACGGGAUCAAAGGCUCAACCGUCUUCAUUUAA